AGGUUUCGGUUUGCGUUUGCAGGUCCUCCCGUCCCUGAGAAUUUCAUGUUUGCCUUUAAUAUUGCAAAACCCCUUAGGUGAAUAGUUAUGGUUGUACUGUAGAAGAAACAUGACAACGGCGUAAGUAUUUGUCUUUGUCUUUCCUCCUUUCAUUAGCUAUACGACGCGUUCCAGUUGAGAUUCAGAAUAGAUGUGAAUGAAUUUCGUGAACAACACAGAGCGACGUCGCCAACGUUAUAUACGCAAUAGAAAAAUGUAGUUCUUGUGCCGAGAAUUAUGAACUAGUGUGAAACUGCCACUCACUUCACUUUCUACCCCGUUCUUCCCACAACUCAGAAAGCACCAUGGACCACGAGCUUGACUAUCUGCGGGAGGACAGCAAUGUCGUGCCCAAGCGCGCUUCCACUUUACAACUUCAAACUGAAAACAGCCGGAAUAAAUCCAGAACCUCUUCCGCCGUGGGCAACGCCCUUUUUGUCCAGCAGCGCCGGCUCAGCUCCGACAGCUUCUUUCACAAACCCCCGGCGCAUUUGAUCCGGCCGAAAAAAGUGGAGCCGGAAUGGGCGGUGGACGAAGCGGAGCGGGUUUUGGUUGAUUUCAACGAAUUUUUGGAAUCCCUGGAUAACGAUGGCUUAUCAUCCCUGUUCGACGUGAGUCCCUUCCGCUGCUCUCGGUUAUAUUACAUCCUCCACAGUGAGGAGUACGACCCGAGCAAGGGGUCGGCGGCGUUAAGCCCGUGGGCGUUUGCGCAGCUGUUGCAGCGAUUGGGCGUUCUGGAUCUGCAGAAAUUCGAGGAUGUAUCGGUCCAGUGCCCGGAUGCGAAGGACCGGUCCCGGUGGCCGUUUUACCACUGGUGUGCGGCGAGACGGAGGUUCGAAACGUUCGACCCCGUGGAUUGCCGGAAGCCGGUUUUGCCAAAAACGGUUCCGCCCGCCGCGGAGUUUCUGAAGCCGAAAAUGAGCAGUGCAGCGAUGCUGAUCGCGGCCCAGGAGAGUCGGGAGACCACGAAUUACUCGAUAGACGGAGAGAGAACCGAGCACGAGGUGGUCGUAGAUUGGUACUGGACCGGGAUCCAAGCGACGGGCAAAACCGACGAGAAAGCGCUGCGGAACAUGGUGAGAUCCGUGUACGCACUGUGGCAAGCGUUUGUGGUGCCGUUUCUGACGGAUGCGGAGAAGCACUUGAUCAUGCUGCCCGUGCCGAAAAUGGGCGACGUGUUGCGGUUCGUGUUUUUGCGGGGGUUGUUGCUCGCGCGGAAGAGGCGGGGGCAGGCGUCCAGCCGGGAUUCGACAGGUUUUUUCCUCGCUGUUAUGAGGCUUCUUUCUGGUUUUCUUGAAGAUUUUCUUUCGUUUUCAUUUUGCAUUAGUCACUAACUCGCGCCGGCAGUCGACGCUACAUCAUUGAGUGAAGCGAGCGCGCCUAUCGCCGAUGGAUUCUCUUCAUAUUUUAGCUACUUUUGAAGUCGAAAAAUACACCUGAACAGGUAACCUGAUUAACGCGGAGCAGGGCUUCGCGGUGAUGGACUACACCUCGGAUAAGUUUGCGGAGACCCAUAUCGUUUGUAAAAACGUCCCCACCCCAUAGUUGUAAUGCAAUUCUGCACGCUGAAGAUGUUUCUCAUCCGGAGCCCCAUGAGAAGCAUUUUCUAGUCGUGUUUCGGAAUUUGUCAUGCUCCAAUCGGCACGAUAUGCUAGAUUUGUGAUGCUGGUGAGCUAAGUAAACAGGAUUACACUGCGGGGCCAAACCUGUCAUGCGCAACAGCAAAAGCUGGUUGAUUUGUGUAGCAGACUGCCCAUCUUGACUCUGCUUUGGGGACGUUUUUACUCAGGAUAGCCCAGGUCUACCCCGAGUGCAACCCGAAAACCGGGUUCGCCCCGAGCAACGUCGGACAGGUGGAGCAACGUUUAGACGUGAAACGGGUCGCGGAUUUCAUGAUGUCCCCCAUCCCGUUGUUCCGGUCCUACAGCUCGAAGCAAAUGCGGUGGAUCUGCUACGACUUGGCGAAGGGGCGAGCGGGCAACGCGACGUUGCUGCAAUUGGCGGUAAAGUACCGGAUCCACCCGCUCGCCGUGGAGGACGCGCUGUCGAUCAUCGAGGAGGCACCGUCGGGGAGGAUAACGAAGUACGGCAACGCGAUUUCCGAUUUGGUGUCCACCCCCGCGCACAAAAGUUUGCAAGCAGAACUGCAGAAAACGGCGUUGACGGAGGCGAAACAGGCGGUCGGGGCUGUAGUCGCGAACGGAGAUGAGGAGCAGCAGGGGAUGAAUUACACGAAGAACGACAAUUAUCCGCAUGAUGUUGACAGGGGGUCCCCCGCGAGUCACGCAAGUAUUCAGUCGGCCGAGAGUUACUUCGACCCAAACAACCCAUUGGUUCCCGCCUCGUCGGAAGACACGAGUGGGGAGCAUUGGUUUCUGUCCAUCCCCUUGUUCCGGUUAGAGCAUAACGCGCGACACCGCGUGCACUCCGCCAUCCGGGCCCUGGAAAGAAUCCACGGCCAUCAGCAUCCCACGAUUGAGGCGGCGAGGUCGCAGGCGCGGCACGGAGGCACUACCGAGAUGAAGAAGUCGGGCAGCAAGGAGCAUCGGGGCCACGGGGGCAAAAUGUUUGCCACCUUGCGGAAGGCCGUUUCUUUAUCCAACCUGCGGCACAGUGUGAAAGAGGGGGAGCAGGUGCUGGACACGGGGCUGAUCCCGAAUUUGGGCAUCGCGGUGGAGAGCAAGAAGAUGGGCAUGGUGAUCGGGGUGAAGCCCGAGGCGAAUUUUUUACUGUCCUUGUCCACCGCGUGGCACUAUGAAUUGCAAAAAUGUCUGGGUCUGGAAGAUUGCAACUUGUCAUGGUAAAUCUGAAGCAUGCAAAAAUCUGUGUUGCAUGAGUGCGAAAAGCUGUCCGCUUUUGACCAAGUUGGAGCGGAGUUUCUCAUGCAGAAUAGGCAUGGCAGAGACCUCGCAAAGUCUGUCAUGCUAAGUCCCGCAUUCCAGACCUCAGGGGUCAUGGAAAAUCUGCAUGACAAGUCUACAAUCUUCCAGACCCAGACCACAUUUUUUUACUUGAUAGGCACCCCACGAGAGUGAACCUCUGCGACGCGGGCGUGAACGAGGCCAUGCAACUCGCGCAGCAGAACCUGGAAAAGUACGGGAAGGAGGGUGGACAGCAGUAUCCCACAGAAAAAAGCUGGCAGGGCAUAUUUGUAAUGGAAAAAUAAGUACGCAGAAAAAUCUGUCAUGGGCGGCCUCAUAGCAUGCUGCUUAGGAUACGCAAUACAGAUUUUUUUGUGUAUUUAUUUUUGCAUUACAAAUGUCUGUGACCUGCCAGCUUUUUUCUGUUGGAUAAGCAGGCCUUCCUGCAAAGAAUGCCCACGGACAUGGUUCACCUCAACGAGGGCGACGUGGGGUCCAUCCUGAUCCGCCUCUCGGACGAUGACUCGUCCGGGUCGGAGUCCACCAAUGCGGGGGGGCAGCUGGACGAACAAAACCAGGAACAAAGUUAUGGAAAUACUAAACCCCUGCCGAGGGCGGUGGAAGUGCUGGAAAAGAUGCCCGAGGGGGUCAUGGAGGAGGUGCGGAUAACGAGGCAAGAGCAAAAUCAAGACGACCUGCAGGAUGAGGAAGACGCCAGCCUGGGAGAAAAUUCCUCGCACGUAGGAGGUAUGGGUGCGACUGAAGCAGGGGGAAUAGCCAACAUGUCAGCGGACGUGGGAAUCAUAGCAAGAAGUAAAAACGGCGGUCAAGUAGACCCUUCCUCGCAAGAACUGCAAAACUCCGGCACCGCCGAUCUCGGGCGCGCCGUGCCGCGGAUGAGCCAGCGGAAGCAUUUGAGCGACCCCUCGAAGACGCAGCUUUCCUCGGUCUUGAGACACGUGAAGUCCUUGAUCAGCAAAGACAGUUCGAUGGUGCGGACCGGCGACGCGAUGUGGCUGGUCUACGCGAUUUUGGACAGCUCGUUGGAUGAAAUGCUCCCGAUCGCGCACGCGUUCGAACUGCAGCUCGCGAUUACCGCGGCCCGGCUCCACGAGCACGAGCACGCGCUGCCCUGGAACGAAGUGAAGAAUUUGUAUUUGAUAGAGCGUCACUUGGACUGGUUCGAGACCCAGAUUAAGCCGAUGGACCGGAUUCUGAAAUCCCUGGUCACGCAGGAGAACACCGUGCCACCGGAAGUGAGGGGGUAUCUGGAGGACGUGCAAGACACGCUGAACGAGUGGCAGGAAAGGCUGAAUACCUUCCAAAGGGAGUGCGAAUCUCUGAAAGCGGAACGGCAGGCGUACGUGGACGCGAGCUUAAACAAGUUGUUGACAGUGCUCACGAUCAUCACCGCGAUUGCGCUCCCCGCCACCGUCGCGUCUGGGUAUGCGGGCAUGAAUUUUGUGGACGAGGACGGGACGCCACAGGAUCCUUUGUUAGAGGACGAACACGGGCUGCGGAAUUACAUCAUCGGUGUUUUGUUAAUCACCGUCAUGCUCGCGGGCGUGAUCUAUUGGGCCGCAAGAGGGAUAAUACAGUAGAAAUAAACGCUGGUUGUUCUUCUCGAUUUCAUUUAUUGUGAUUUUUGUUCAGAAAUUUGAAUUACAUUUACCUCCCUGCUGCAAGUCGUGUAAAAUAGCAUAAGGGGUUGUUUUUUUUGGCCUAUUAUGUAUGAUGAGGGCAUCAAAAAUUUGAAACUACCCAGACGAAUUUUUUUUUCACCCUCUCUUUUCUGUGCGGCUUUUCUGUAAUACAAAGAAAC